UCAAAAUCUCACCAAAUGUGCACAAGAGUCCCGGGACCCGAGUUUUUCCUUUACCCCCAUCAGAAUACAUUUGAUCACUCAGCACUGCCAGAUUAACUCCAAUAAACCACCGUCUGCACGGCUGCCAUGAGAUGAAGACAGUCCUCAGGCAGGCCUUUUUGCUUUGAGCAAACGAUGAGAGAGAGCCCGAGGAGACCCAUCAUCCUGAAGAGGAGGAAGCUGCCGUUUCAGAAGAGUGAAUCUGAUGCAGGGGGCGAUGAGGCAGAUGGGCCGCUCCGCAAGACCACCCUGACCCCGUCCACCGCCCGCUGCUUCCCUGAUGGCAUCCGGAUGAUGGACCACCCCACCAUACCGGACACUCAGGUGGUGGUGAUCCCGAAAGCAGCCGAUCUGCAGAGCGUCAUCAGCGCCCUGACGGCCAAAGGGAAGGAGUGCGGCCCUCAGGGCCGAAACAAGUUCAUCCUGCUCAGUGGCAGCACCAGUUUGGAGGAGGAAAAAGCCCUCGGGUGUUUAUCUACAAAACCUAGGGAUGAACUUGAGAAAGUGAAAAAGGAGACGGAGUGCUUCCCGCUUGAUGACAGUCUGACAAACAUCCAGUGGCUGGGAAAAAUGAGCUCUGAUGGGCUUGGAUCAGAGUCAAACCAAAAAUGCACCAAGGAGGACAAUCCAAGUGACUGUCAUCAGUCCAAAGCUCCAGAAAAGGAGAAGGACCCUCUGUCUGAGAGACCACCAUAUUCCUACAUGGCUAUGAUCCAGUUUGCUAUCAACAGCAAGAAGAACCGACACAUGACCCUGAAAGAAAUUUACAAUUGGAUCGAAGACCACUUUCCGUUCUUCAGAAAUGUUGCCAAACCCGGAUGGAAGAAUUCCAUACGUCAUAACCUCUCACUGCAUGACAUGUUCGUCCGGGAGACGUCUCCCGAUGGCAAGAUCUCCUAUUGGACGAUUCGACCGGAAGCAAACCGCUGUCUCACUUUGGACCAGGUCUACAAGCCUUUGGUUGACCCAGUGACCCCCACUUGCCCUCAGAUCACACAAGUUGGUUUCAAUCAACAACAGAAGAGAGGUCCUCCGGAGCUGAAGAAAGCCAUACCCGCCACAGAGAGGAAGAUGAAGCCGCUUCUGCCUCGGACUGACUCAUACCUGAUUCCCAUCCAGCUUCCUCUGGGUCAGUCACUCUUCCUGCCCUCCUCCAGUCCCGCGACUCUCGCCACUCCUCCACACGCUCAGAGCUCUUCCACUCCCAGCUCCAGCAGUGCGAGCAAGCGGGUCCGGAUUGCCCCUAAGGAAUAUCUGCAGAUGUAG